GGCAGUAUAUUUGGCGGUGCUGUCCCGUCACAUGUGUUGUUCUUUAGUUUACAAAGUUAAAAGGCCUAUUGUAUGCGUGUGAGCCAGUAAGGCUGAUAUUCACGUGUACUUUAACGAUUUAAUUCCUAAAAUAAAGAUCAAACAACUGUGUAUAAAUAUUGUAAGAUAUACACCUUCUGGGUGUAUAUACCGUGUUAGUGGUGUAGAGUUGGUCACUGGCGCCUCGUACUGUAGUGUACACACUUCAUUCAACUAUGCUAAUAAAAGAUGCCAAGAUAAAGACAUGGGAGGUAAUGGUGGAGUUAAUGGGCUUCAUAAUCCUGAAUUUGAAAGCCAUUUUCCUCCUGUUCCUCGAUGUUUACUACCUUAUUAUACCCCCUGAGGAGAGGUCAUUACAGGGGCAGCUGGUAUUGGUCACUGGAGCUGGCCAAAACCUGGGUCGAGAGCUAUCACUGCAGUUGGCACGUUUAGGAGCGAAGAUGAUUCUCUUGGAUGUUAAUGAAGAACAAAAUAAGAUUACUGCAGACAUGAUCCGUGAUGCUGGGGGCGAGGCUUACAGUUUUACUUGUGAUGUAUCAGACCAAAAGUCUGUCGCUGCAAUUGGUACCAAGGUGAGGAAGGAAAUUGGUCAUCCAGGAUAUGUGUUCAAUAAUGCUGGAGUUUAUAAAUACAAGCCCUUUCUUUCUCACACUCCUGAAGAGAUUCAAAUGAUUGUUAAUGUUAAUCUUCUUGGAAAUCUCUGGAUUUCUAGAGAAUUUCUAGGUCACAUGAUACAACACAACCGUGGCCACAUCAUCUGCAUUUCCUCUGUGUUGGGAUUCAUUGGUCGAAAUAAUGUUGUACCAUACUGCUCAUCAAAGUUUGGAGUUAAAGGAAUGACAGAGGCUCUAGCAGAAGAAAUGAGGAUGGAGAGGAGGUCUGGUGUGAAAAUUACAGCUGUUCACCCAUUCCUCAUAUCUAAUAUUGAAGAUGUUACCCCUAACCUCAAGUACCCAUGGCUGUUUGAAAUCUUGGAACCAUCUGAUGCAGCAUCAAGGAUCAUCAGAGGUGUCAGGAGAGGUCAAGAAGAAAUCUUUCUGCCUGAAAAACUGAAGCCCCUUAUGGUUUUUUCAAAGGUGUUGCCACGGAAAUUGCGUCGCUUGUUUGGAGAUUACGUGGAAAAGUAAAAUAAUUCUCCAGGAGCUGGAUCUCUAAGGAAAUGGUAAGCUUUUAAAAAAUUCAGGGGCUGAUUGCUUUGUCAAAAAAUCUACAAAGGUGAAUAUUAAUAUACUUUAUAUUUUUAAUACUAUACAAUAUGCUAAAAUCAAAUUCAUCUGUAUAAAGCAUUUCAUUGUUAAACACAAGGAAUCAUUCUGUUAUAUCAAAAUGUUUCUGUCUCGCGAUAUCUCGACACAAUUACAAACAAACCACAGAAUUAGUUUUAUGACUCGCUUGCCAUGGGUUCUAACCCCACCCAUUUGUGGUUUAAAGUGUUUCUGUAAUAUUUUGUUGUCUAUAACAAGUUAACAUUUACUAAAUGUAAAAAGAAAGACCUCUGUUCUUCUUUUUGGGUCACUCUGCUUUGGUGGGAUAUGGCCAGUUUGUUGGGAAAAAAAAAAGUUACAUUUUAUUGUAGGGUAUUUUAUACAGAUACAAAUGAAGCACAAAGAUAAUCAUUUACAGUUACAGACCAUUCAAUGAUUAGUAAAUAGUAACUGUUUCUCUAAAUGCCUUACCCUAAUAUAAAUUAGUUUUUAAGUAAAUCCCUUAAAAAUAUUUAUGUAUAUUAUGGUAUGCAUAAUUUAUUUUAUACUUUUAAUCAGUGGCAAGUGCUAAACCCAUAGGGGUUAUACAGCUAAUGGAUUACAACAAAAACUAAGCUCUAAACCCACAAGGGUCAUACAGCACUGUAUGGAUUACAGUAGUACAUAAAAAAUCUGUGCGUUAAAUUCCCAGUAGUUGUGGGCGUCAUCCCUGUUACGUCUACACAUUCUGAUAAUUACAUUGAAUACUUCAUACUUAUAUUAAAUCCUAUUUUCUUUCACCAUGUUGGUACAAAGUUGAAUUAAUUAAACUAAGGGAAUUUGGUUGAUCAUCUAUACAUGUAUUUCAUCCCCCCAAGGAAGGUUCCUUGAUGCUGGUGACGGGCUCUUGAGAUAGGGAAUUGGAUCUGUGCUCCAGUUCCCCCGAAUUAAGCCUGAAUACCUUCCACAUCCCCCCCACAGAUGCUGUAUAAUCCUAUGGGUUUAGUGCUUCCCCCUUGAUUAUAAUAAUAAUAAUCUAUAUUUCAUUUGAAAUCUCAUGCCAAUUUACUUUGGAAUCAAAAUUCCCAGCUAUAAUGAUUAUUCUCUUGUCUGGUUUUAAUAUCAGUUCCUUCAGUAUUUUUAAUAACUCCUCAUUUAAUAUAUUAAUCUUCAUUGCUUCAUGCAAUAUUAAUGGUAGACUUUGCCACAUACAAAUAUUCAGUCAGCUUUGGAUUUCCACCAUUAAGUACUGUAUCUAUUUUGCCUGCCAAAAUUGGGAUAUGCCUUAUAUGCUAGAAAAUACAGUAACUUAGUACAUAUGUUAUCUGUUUUAAUCUUUAUAAUAUUUAUUCUUAACUAAUAGAGAUUUGGUGCUUAAUAACUGGCCUCCUCAAGGAAGGUAGGCAGAUUCAUUUAUAAAACCAUUAAAUACCAUUUUUUGAA